GUCAGUCGGCUGCAAGUUGCGCGGCGCAAGGUGCAAGCAUGGGCCUGCCGGACAUAGAGACCAUACCCGAGACUGGGGCGGUGUUCACGAUCGGCCGUAGCAGAUUUGCGGACAACAUUGCUUCGCAUUUCUUCAUACGUAAGGAUCCGGUUGUCAUUAUUGAAUGCGGAGAUGAGCAGUCCGCCGUUGUUUGUCAAACUGGCAGACUCUUUGUUUUUGGCAGUAACGAUUGGGGUCAACUGGGCCUAGGUCACAAAAAUCAUAUCAGCAAGCCGUCGUGUGUAAAAAUUCUGAAACCGGAAAGAGUCACACAUGUGGCAUGUGGGAGAGCGCAUACUUUAAUAUGUACAGGAGCUCAGAAGAUCUUCGCAUGCGGCAGCAAUCAGGAGGGUCAAUUGGGUCGAGAAAAUUCCGUGAUAGGUGACAGCUCCAGUUCUCCAAUCUUGGUUUACGAUUGCGGACUCGCUGGACCGCGGGUCGUCCAACUCGCAGCGGGAUCGCAUCAUUCAAUGGCUCUGACGAGCGACGGCGGGGUUGUCGUCUGGGGAAGCAAUCUGGAGGGACAGUUGGGAUUACCAGGGAUUUCGGGUUUGGUUAAAAAGCCUACAAAGGUCCCCAUUCCUGAGCCGGUGAAGGAAAUCAGCGCGGGAUAUUAUCAUUCAGUUUUCUUGACUGAAAGCGGUCUCGUUUAUGUCUGCGGCGAGUCGGAAAGUGGUAAGCUCGGGAUUAAUGUCAACUUUUCUACACAAGUCGCGCCGAAACAGAUGCAAUUACCGUCACCGGCGCUUCACGUCGCGUGUGGUGGCCAUCACACACUCGUACUAGCAGAAAAUGGCAAUAUUUACUGCUCUGGUAGUAACGCCAGUGGACAACUUGGUAUGGGCACAAACGUUAACGAGAUACAUACACCAAAACUUCUUCCGCGCGGGGCUCUUCAAAACGAAAAGAUCGUCAAGAUCGCUUGCGGUGAAAGUCACAGCGCUAUACUUACAGAGUCUGGCAAACUUUUCACUUGUGGUGACGGCCGACAUGGAAAAUUAGGUCUGGAAGAGAACGAAAAUAACGUUCAUGAAGUAACAUUUGCUGCCAAAUAUCAGGAGCUUUUCAUUUCAAAUGUUGCUUGUGGGGGAUGUCAUACGAUAUUAGUUGGCCGAAGACACGAGAUAGAUUAUCAAUCGCAGCGACAACCAGACUCCGAGCAGAAAAAAAGUUCUCUACCUCCUUUAAAGCUUCCUGUAAAUAUGCAGAAUGAACAUCGAGUAGACAGUACGGAGAAAUCGACAGAUGAAAAAGAUGAUUCAUAUCAUCCUGAUGAAAGUAGUGAAACAUCCAAUAAUGGCACACAAAUAAAUUCUUCGCCAAAGGAAGACUCGCUAAAGGAAAACACGGAUAUUGUUAAUAACGAAGAAAUUUCAUCUUUGGUAAAUGACGAAAAAACCGCGAGUCCAUCCUCAGAAAUUAAUCUAUCGGAAAACUCUCAGGAAAAAGAUCAGAUUGAUCAUGAAGAUCAUGAUACUGAAAAUAAUACUGAAAGCAAAGAAAAUAGUGAAAGUAAAGACAUUAAUGAAAAUAAUGAAAAUGAAGAAAAUAAUAAAAAUAUGGAAAUAGCAACGAUAGAAGAGCAGGAUGUUGAGGAAUCAUGUGCAGAAAAAGAACUUCCAAGGAUAGAGGAGGAAGAGGGAGAGAAGACGACGAAUUCUGUACCACCGCCUAAACCACCGAGACUAAAAUCCGGAAGUGUCGAAGGUACGAACAAUGAAAUAGAAUCUUCAAAAGAGAACGAAGAGGGUGAACAAGAAAGAGAUGACGAAGAGAUGACGAAUAACAAACAAAAUUCAAGUGCAAAGACAGCUGUAAAAUCAUUAUCCGCAAUUUCGAAGAAAACUGUGGAAGCUAUCGAGAAUUCAAUAGAAAAAGUCGAGGAGGAUGAACGUCCUGAGGAAGUGGAAAAAACGGAGAUCGACGGCACGCAGGACGAUGCUGAUGUGGUGCAAUCACCGGCGCCGCGAACAGCUAAGAUGGCGAAGUUAUUCAAAGGAAAACGGCAAGAGGUGCAGAAUGGAACUAAGACAAGCAGCGCAACGAAUCCGAAAGCUAAGUCAAAAACAUGCACAAUUCUAUGAUCGAGGAAACUUCGAAGAGACAUUACAAUUAAUUCUAUUUUUAUAAAUAUGGGACAUAUGUUUGUCGUUGGGACCAAAAUCUUGUGGAAUCGGAAAUCAAUAAUCUAUAUCAAAAACAAUUCUUUAUAAUUGAUCAAUGCAUUUACAUAGAAUUAACAGAAAUCUUCUACAUCCUGUAUAUCGUAUUGAUUCCUAUCUCACAUUUACGCGACGACAAAAAUCUUUAAUAAAACGGCGUCUAUAUUAAUAAUUAAUAUAGGUAUUGUAAAUAUAAGUUACAGAAAUUGAUUCCAUGUAAUCAGAGAGAGAGAGAAAGAGAGAGAGAGAGAGAGAGAGAGAGAGAGAAAGAGAGAGAGAUAUGCAUAAAUCGACAUGUUAUGGCAUAUAAAGUAGAUAACGGCUGAAUGUGAAAAAUGUACAGUGGUAUCUGGAUAAACAUAUUUUAUUAAAAUCCAAUUACAAAAUUCCAUUUCGGGCAAUAA